GAUUUGUGUAUCUAUUCGAAAUGCGACGAAGAUUUCUGGAUUUUUUCAGCAUAAUUUCCAUAUUGAUUGAGUUGAGUAUAGAACAGAAAGCGAACGACACCUGGAAGAAAGAUGCUCUUGGACAAUAUUACAACUUCUGUGGUGCAUCAAAAUGUAUUGGAAACGGCAGAAACAAUAACAGUACUGAACAUAAUCCAGUAACUUCAAUCUGUAAUAGUUGCUCUUGUACGUUUGAUUGCAUAAAACGUGGUAACUGUUGUCCGGAGAUUGAAUUUAUAUUUCCUGGCAGAAUAUGUGAAAACGAAGUAUUUUAUGACAAAUCUAUGCAGGAUGUGAACAUUUUAAAAAUAAAUCAUACUGAUCACAAAGUUGUUAAAGAAUGUCCUGCUCACACACCAGAGGAUCUUAAUGCCAAAUGUAAUCUAAAGAGAAAUUUAACGGAAAAAUUGACUACACUACCUGUGACGUCAUUAGUCAGCUUUUUGACAUAUGACAGUACAUACUGUUCCGAGUGCAAUAAUGAUAAUUACAACAUUCAAUCAUGGUUUCCGGAUUUUGAAUGUUCGGAAAUGACUGAUUUCAAUGUUCUAAGUUCUUUAACUGAAAUAGUUGAGCUUUCUUUAGAAAAUGAUUGUAUCAUUUUAGCAAACAAUCAGAACCUGCCUGUCCAAAUUUGUAUUAAAAAUCCAGCCGUUUUCAUAUCAGAAUGCAAUCAGACAGGCACCUGGCUUUCAAGCAAUGACGCAAUUGUCAACGCAUGUCAAUCCCUAGAUCAACCAAUCGGAAUGUUUCGAAAUGUAUUUUGUUACAUGUGCAACCCUCCUUCCGGAAACAUUGAACUAAUAACAACGUGUUUGCCAAGUGAUUCUAAUGACUACUCGAAACUUUGUAACAGUACCAACCUUGUCCCAAGUAUGUAUCCGUUCAAAAACAGAUAUUGCUAUCUUUGCAAUAUCAAUGCAACAACAGAAUUCGUGAGUGAUAUUUUUUAUAGUGAAAAUUCUGCAAAAAUGAGUCACGUUUACUAUAUUUUUUCUCGAUACUGUAGCUCUGGUUUUGUGUUAGGAGCAUAUGACGACCAACAUGUUGUAAAUUCCACAUUUGAUGUCGAAGAUACUCUUCCAUAUGACACUAAUGCGGUUGAUAAUACAGAUCAUUCAGUUUCGUUCACGAGACAAUGGCAGUAUACCAUCACUUGUCCGAACAGAGAAGUUUUCAGUUUGUUUUACAACAUAAAUCAAAUCAAAACAGAAUCAAAGUCAAGAGGUUGCAAGUUUCAAAUCAAAGAAAAAGUUAGUAUGAUGAAAUGCUUUCGACAAACAAAUCUUAUUAGAAAGUGUCAAAAUCCGGGAUAUUUCACAGAAACCUACGAUAUGAUUGAAAACGCUUGUCUUACUUUUGAAGAUAAAAACCUAAUGGCUUACAAUGGAUACUAUAAUAUUUUCUGCUAUAUGUGUAAUGAAUGGGUAGAUCUUGCUCAUUUUUUCUGUUUGGAUAGAAAAUUUCAUGAACUGUUGAACGUAGGAACAAAUCAUUGUGAUAUAGUACCGUCUAAUAAAUACAUAAUUCAAAGUGUGUUUUGUCAGCUUUGUAAAGUAAGUGACUAUAGUUCGUCAGACAGUUUAAGUUACCGUUCUAUGUUUAUGUUGACGUCAUAUGAUAACUACAUACACGAAGAUUCAGAUCCAAUGUGUUUGCAAGAUCAGUUGUUUGACAAAAGAAUGAAAAUUUGUAGAGACUUGAAGUGUAGUCCAGGAAAAUUGUUAUCAAACAACACAUGCAUUCCCCUACUUAGGACAACCACCGGUCUAUGUUACAUAUUUGCUGUUGGUUUCGAUGCUGUAGUAUACGAUAACAAUCAUGACAGUAAAGACAACACCUUGUUGAAAAUACUUGGCUCUGAAGUGUUUGAUCAUUUGAUAAAAAAGUUGCCCGAAGCACGGUUAUAUCAAACUUCGAUAAACGUAAUGUCUGAAUGUUCUUGUAGAAAUCUUAAAGCAUUGUUUUCAGGGUACAUUUAUUUAGGUUUGUGCGCAGAGGAGAGAGUUGAUAGACUUCAUACAGAAGAAAAGCUAUUGCAACUGGUAGAUUCAACUAUUAAAAUUAACGCAAGUAAGGUAGCUGCUGAGGUUGUCUUUAAAAGAAACGACAAAGCUUUCAAUUUACCAUCAUUGAUAACGAGCCUACAAUUUUCAGACGUGUGUAUUUUUCAAUCCAGCGUAUUUUCAUCAGAUGGCUUCCCAAUUCAUUAUCACGUUAACGACCUUCUUCUUUGUACACAAGUUGAACUAAGCGAAACAGAAUAUGUAAAACAGAGCAGUGAACGACAAAUUCAUCUCCAAAUCAAUGGCGAUUCCUUAGGACCAAAUGAUUUUUUAGUAGUUAGAGAAAAUAAUAUUCGUGUGUGUUCUGAGAAGUAUAUACAGGUGGUGUCUAAUAUCCCUGAAGAACCUAUAGAUACACCUAUGCUGGUUGUGAGAAGUAUUUGUAAUAUUAUAUCCCUUAUAUGCUUACUUUUAACAUUCAUAACUUAUAGUUUGUUCAGAGUACUGAUGACAGCCCCAGGUCAGAACAACAUGACGUUAGUGUUUUGUCUGAUUUUAAACGAAAUACUUUUCCACAUACGAUUGCAUGAGAUCAAGGGAGAUAACGCAUGUAAAAUCAUAGGAGUUCUUCAACAUUUUUUCAUAUUAUCGGUAUUUACUUCGUUUAAUAUUUGUACGUUCCAUAUUUAUCGAGUUUUUACCAGCUCAUUUUCAAGAAAUUUUGAUUCUUAUUUUAAUGUUGCUUGUAAGUACAGAGCGUAUGUUUUUGGACUUCCAACUAUUAUUGUUACAUGUAAUAUCGUAGUUACGUACAUCAUAGAAGAAUCGAUUGGAUAUGGAGGAAAUCUCUGCUUCAUUUUACUGAGAACAGCCAUGAUUGCUACUUUUUUAUUCCCAGUUGGAUGCAUUCUCCUGUCGAAUGUUUAUAUGUUUGCCACCGCGAUUCGCCAUAUUUACAACACUCCUAAAGUGUCAUCUGAAAAUCAUCCACGUGAUAAAAGGAAUGACGUAGUAAUAUAUUUCAAAUUAUUUGCUAUUACUGGAUGCACUUGGAUGUUACAGUUUAUUGACGCUUUUUUGCCGGAAUCCGUCUUUUCAAUAUUGAUCUCUAUUUGUAAUUUGCUUACUGGAUUAUUUAUUUUUGUUUCAUAUAUUUGGAACAAACGUGUUUUCAAGCUUUACAAGUCUUUGUUCACGGGAGAACGAGACGGCAAAAGUUGGAAAUACAGAAAGGAUAUUCAGAGUCAACCAACAAAUGACAGUCAGAUAGAGACAGGGAAGGAUUAUCUAGAUAAAACGAACAGACACACAAGUACUCGUUUGUAAAGACAGAAGUUGUCACAAAUUCGUACAAUAUGCAGUUAUAUUUCUGAGAGUUCUCUGUUCUCCGUUCUCUGGACUCAGAGAUUAUAUUAGAGAUUAUGAUUCAGCAACUUACAAACGAGUCUCCAAUAAUUUCCUAUAAUACAAUGAUUA